CUGCAACAAGAUCCUUGUCUGUGUCUGAGAACUUGUACCAGUGCCAGGCUUUGACUUUUCACAACCUCUUUCCGUCAUCUUCAGUGCACAAUCACCCUGGGAGCACACGCAUACAGAAAAGCAGCUCUACGUAGAAGUUUGCAGCUGCUUCAACAUCAGAAUGAUUGGGUACAUAUGGAGGUGUUGCUUGAUCUGUUCAUUGGUGGCUGUAACACAUUCACUACAUGAAGCUGAGGCCUGUCUUUGUGAUGACAUGAAUUUCUGUAAUUGCUCCUCGAGACAUUUGACUGCUAUCCCUUCCACAUUGCCAAGACAAGUGCGGCAGCUGGACAUAUCUAACAACUUAAUUCAGGAGAUUACAGACACAGAUUUACAGCCAUAUGACAAGUUGAAAGUACUGCUUGUGAACAACAAUGAUAUCCAUUCUAUCAGCCAAAAUGCUUUUCAGUCACUGGUAAAUAUUGAAGAGCUGGAUAUAUCUAAUAAUAAACUAACCAGCAUGUUGCCUACUUGGUUUGGACACCUUCAAAGCUUGAAACGGUUAAACUUGCUGGGUAACCAAUAUACUUCACUUGGUGAAACCUCCCUUUUUUCCACUCUGUCCUCACUGAAGGAUUUGAAAUUUGGAAAUCCUUAUUUUGAAGCUUUCCAUGGGCAUGACUUUGAUGGUUUGUUGAGCUUAGAUAACCUAUACUUAAAUAUUUCAAAUCUCAGGCAAUAUACAAGUGGCACACUGAGGACAGUAAAAUCUAUAGGACACGCUACCCUUACUGUAAAUCUACCCCUAUUGCCGAACAUAAUAUCAGAUCUUUCAUUAUCUGUUAUUGUUUUGGAAAUCAGGAACAUGACUUUCAGUCUGAAUGAAGAUGUAGAAUCCUUUGUAGCCCUGAAUGACACUACUGCAAAAGUUUUAAUGUACAAAAGUUGUCUGCUAACUGACCAGAGUGCAGCACGACUUAUAGAAAUUCUUCACACCUACAGAAAUGUUACAGACUUUGUUUUGGAUGAUUGUGAACUAAGGGGUACAGGACACGGUGCUCCAAUUCUGAAGGAUGAAAACUCAUCACUUUCCACCAUAGUGAUCAAGAAUCUGUACAUACCAAACUUCUAUGUUUUUUCAGACUUAAGUUUUGUAUACUUGAUAGUGCAGAAAAUUAAAAGUGUUACCUGUAUAGAUAGCAAAGUGUUUUUGAUGCCUUGCAAUUUUUCCAGAUCCUUUAAGAUGUUGGAGUACCUUGAUUUGAGUGGCAAUCUCCUGACGGACCUGCUUUUGGAAAGUACAUCCUGUUUUUAUGACGGAUUCGGAGCUUGGCCUUCACUGAAAACAUUAAAUGUGAGCAAAAAUCGAUUGCUUUCACUACCCAAAGUUGCUGAAGCAUUAGUACAUGUACCUUCUUUAACCAGCAUUGAUCUCAGUCAAAACAGAUUUAGCAGUUCAGCUCUUCCUUUAUGUAGAUGGCCUGCAAGGCUCAAAUCCUUAAAUAUUUCGAAUUGUCAGAUCAGGCAUAUCAGUAACUGCAUUCCUGUAACUUUGGAGCAAUUGGAUGUGAGCUUCAAUAAUCUUGAAGUAUUUAUAUUUGCUUUGCCAUAUUUAAAAGAGCUUUACAUAUCAGAUAACAGAUUAACUAAACUGCCAGCUGAUGCCCACCUGCCCAGUUUAAAUCUGCUUAUAAUUCAAACAAACCGACUCAUUGACUUUUUCCAGUCUGACUUGAACUUCUUUCCAAAUUUAACAGGACUGGAUGGAAGGGCCAAUAAUUAUUUCUGUUCCUGUCAGUUUGUAGAUUUUGUACACAACAAUCAUAAACUUCUUGUAGGUUGGCCACAAAAUUACGUGUGUGAUUCUCCUACGUCUGUCAGAGGCAAUCAGAUUGACAAAGCAAACCUUCCUCUAUUAAUGUGCCACAAAACAUUAGUUGUGACACUAACAUGCAUAAUCUUGAUAUUACUAAUAACUAUUGUAUUGGUGCUUUGCCAUUAUUUUCACGUUGUGUGGUACGUGAAGAUGACCUGGGCCUGGCUGAAAGCAAAAAGAAGACCUUUGAAAGUACUGGACAGAGAAAUCCUUUAUGAUGCAUAUGUAUCAUAUAGUGAACGAGAUUCUGAAUGGGUGGAAAAUAUGAUGUUGCCACUCCUGGAAAAUGCAGAACCUUCAUUCAAGAUAUGCUUUCAUAAGCGAGACUUUGUGCCUGGCAAAGCGAUUAUUGAUAACAUAAUUGAUGCCAUGGAAAAAAGCUACAAAACCCUCUUCAUCUUGUCUGAGCACUUUGUACAAAGCGAAUGGUGCAAGUAUGAGCUGGAAUUCUCACACUUUCGUCUUUUUGAUGAACAUAACGACACAGCCAUUUUGGUUAUCCUGGAGCCUAUUGAAAGGUCAACUGUUCCAAGAAGAUAUGCCAAACUGCGCAAACUCAUGAAUACAAAAACCUAUCUCAAGUGGCCAACGGAGGAAGAGGAACAAGUAGUCUUUUGGGACAACCUAAAGGCAGCUCUCCAACCAGAAGAUGACCUGCAGGCAUAGAGGAAAACAUAAUGUUGUAACACUC